CUUCCUGGCAACUCCAAAUUGGCGUCGGGAAAAGCUCAUCGCGCGCGCUUUUGUCGAACACUUUCAAACUUUUGUCGCUCGGACAGUAAUUUUAUGGAAAAUUGUGUAUUUUUGUGUUCAUAAUUGGAUAAUACGGAAUAUGCAUAUAUUGUUUCGCUGGAAGCUCCAGGAGGGAAUAACGAAAAAGGAUUGAUUUUAAUCCAGAAAAAAACGUCCUUUGAUGUUGACGACGUAAUACAACGGUCGGGAGACACACAGCAUAAUAAUUAUUCUUUCGGAGCACACACAAAAGAAACAAAAAAGAGAAAAUAUAAAUCAGAAGUACGGCAGAAUGUGUUGCAUGGCGACAGGACGAGUCCUGAAUUAAGCGCGGAAACUGGAUAGAAGAAAACGGUAUAUGCGAUUACGUUUCAGCAUAUUUUUCAGUUGGUGGGCAACAAUGGGCCCAAAGUCGUUGCAGCUUGUAUGUUAUCACUUUCUGGCUGGAUUAGUUUGGACUUUGUCGGCAAGUAAUAAUGGAUUGAAGUGGGUCAGAGUCAACGUCCCACAAUACCGAAUACCAGGAGAAACAGCCAUGUUACAAUGUGACUUUGACCUGGGAAAUGACACUCUAUAUGCUGUCAAAUGGUACAAGGAACAUGAAGAGUUCUAUAGAUUUGUGCCCAAAUCAAGACCGCAGGCUAAUUCGUAUGAAGUGGAAGGAGUGCAUGUAGAUAUGUCCAAAUCCGAUAAGAAAAAAGUAGUACUGCAUCCCGUUAGCUGGAGGACAAGUGGCGUGUUCCGUUGUGAGGUAUCAGCAGAAGCCCCUUCUUUUGCUUCUGCACAAAGUGAAGCCAGGAUGGAGAUAAUAUCCUUGCCUGAAGAGGAUCCCAUAAUCACAGGAGUGGAAAUUCAGUACCAAAUUGGAGAUAUUAUAAACUUAAACUGCACAUCGGGAAAAAGUCACCCCGUGUCAAUUCUUCACUGGUAUAUAAAUGAACAACAGAUCCAAAAUUCAGAGGCUCUCAUCUACUAUCCCCCAUCGCACCAUCCGAAAGGGCUGAUGUCUUCCACAUUAGGCCUGAGCUUUACUCUAUCGGAACAGCACUUCAGAGGCGGCUCGAUGAGAGUCAAAUGCGUGGCCUCCAUCGCGCCGAUAUUAUACAGAAGCGAUAGGGAAAGCGUGGUCCAGAGCGAAAACGUGCCCCUGAGAGAGGCCCUCCUACUUGGUGAGUGGUCCAUCUACGUAGAAAAGUACGAUGUUAAAAGCUCAGCUACCCUGCGAGUUUCGUGUAUGGCUACCUUACUUCUGGCAUUAGCUGCUACUCAUCUGGCAACGUAGAUCUGCUUGAAAUAAACAGUGUUGCUCAAAGACUUUCGGGAGUGAACCGAUCUUUCGUGCUGUGAUAACAACUUGACUUUCAUUGGACAAAUCGCGAAUUCGCGAACGGUAUGCAUAUUUUGUCAUUGUAUAUAUUUAGUCUAAUGUGCAGUUAGAGAUUUUACUAAAUUUGUGAAGACAUA